UAUCUCAUUUCCUAUCUCUUCCUAAACUAUAUCAUUCCUUCUUUCCUUCUGAUUUCUAAAACCAGCCAGAGGCCAGAGCAGAGCAAAAAUGGAGCGGGUAUUACUCUUACUCAUUUGCUUCCUCUUGCUUUCUCAACCUAAUAAUUGUUCCUCUUCUCUCUCUUUUAAUUCAUCAACGCCUCUUUGCCAUUCACACCAAUCCUCUGCUUUGCUCCAUUUCAGAAACUCUUUUUCUGUUGGCGAUUCUGAUGAUUAUUUUUGUGAUUUGUACUCUAAUCCUCCGAAGAAUUCGUGGAAAAUGGGUACAGAUUGUUGUGGGUGGGAUGGGGUCACCUGUGAUACGAUGACAGGUCAUGUCAUUGCUGUCGACCUCAGUUGCAGUGGGCUUUAUGGUCCCAUCCAUCCCAAUAGCACCCUUUUCUCUCUUCGCCAUCUCCAGAGGCUCAACCUUGCUUACAACGAUUUCCAUGGCUCCACAAUUUCAUCUAAAUUUGGUGGCUUUGCAAACAUGACGCAUCUCAACCUCGCUCGCUCCUCCGUUGCUGGUAAUUUCCCAUCCGAAAUCUCUCACUUAUCCAAAUUGGUUUCACUUGAUCUCUCUGGGAAUUAUGGCAUGAGAAUAGAAACGCCUAGUUUGAAAAGGCUUAUUCAAAACCUAACCCAUCUAACUGAACUUGAUUUGGCUGUUGACAUGUCUUCUGUUCCACCUAAUUCUUUCAUGAAUUUGUCUUCCUCUUUGACAUCUCUUAGUCUCUUUAUGUGUGGAUUGAAAGGGAGAUUCCCAGAUAAUAUAUUCCACCUUCCAAACCUCCAGCUGCUCGAUGUAAGUUCCAACUUCAAUCUCACCGGUUCCCUUCCAACGUAUAACUGGAGUACUCCUCUCAAUUUCUUGGGUCUCGCUGAAACUGGAUUCCCAAUCAACUUACCUAAUUUAGUCAGCAAUCUCAAGUCCUUAAAACAAUUGUACCUCAGUAAUUGCAAUUUCAUAGGUUCAUCGAAUCUAGCAUUUCUUCCAAACCUCACACAAAUAACUUCUUUGGACCUCUCAUAUAAUAACUUUAGUGGUCAGUGGCCAUGGUCCCUCCUAAACAAUGCAGGACUUACUUAUUUAGAUCUCUCACAUAACAAUUUCAUAGGUCAACUUCCAGAUCUUUCUACAAACCGGACACAAGUUUCUUCUUCAAACAGUUCUUCCAAUAGUCAGUCAGUUAGUCAAAUUCCUUCCAAUUUGGUAUCUCUCUUUUUAUCUUAUAACUUGUUGAAUGGGACAAUACCAUCUUGGGUGUAUACAAUACCAUCUUUGCGUUACUUAUUUCUUGAUUAUAACCAAUUCACUGGCCAUAUUGGUGAUUUCCAGCAUAACUCAUUGGUUUGGCUUUGGUUGAAUAAUAACAACCUACAUGGUCCCCUUCCAGUGUCAAUCUCUAAAUUGGUGAGUCUUACUUCACUAAGAGUUUCCUUCAAUAAUUUAAGUGGCAAUGUGGAGUCAAAAAUAUUCUCAAAGCUCAAAAGUCUUGGUACUCUUCAUAUGUCAAAUAACCCUCUCUUGUCGCUAAGCUCCUUCACCUUUGCCACCAAUAUCUUGCCCAAACUUUAUUCAUUAGAUUUGUCUGCUUCCAACAUAACUGAAAUUCCACACUUUUUACGAACGGCAGAAAAUAUAGAAUACUUAUACCUUUCCAAAAACCAAAUCAAAGGCAAUAUUCCAAAGUGGUUUUUGGAGGUGGGGAAGGAUUCAUUGUCCAAUUUGAAUCUUUCAUACAACUUCUUGACAAGUGUAGGACAUCUUCUGUGGAAGAACUUGCAAUUUCUUGAUCUUCGUUCUAACUUGCUUGAAGGACCACUUCCAGUACCCCCACUAGGCAUAUCUUUCUUUUCAGUCUCAAGGAAUAAUAUAACUGGACAGAUCUCUUCCUCAAUUUGCAAUCUUAGUUCAGUCAAUUACCUUGAUUUGUCUUAUAAUCACUUGAAUAACGUGAUGCCUUCAUGUUUGGGAAACUUAAGUAAUCAUCUCGUAGAUUUGGAUUUGCAAAGUAACAAUCUUCAUGGAACCAUCCCAACAACAAUUGCCAAGGGCUGUUACUUGAGAAGUCUUAAACUCAAUGGCAACCAAUUGGAGGGGCCAUUGCCACAAUCAUUGGUCCAUUGUAGAAAGUUGGAAGUUUUAGAUUUCGGUAACAACAAGAUUAAUAGCACCUUCCCUCAUUGGUUGGAAACUCUUCCAGAGUUGCGGGUUCUUAUCUUGCGAUCAAACAACUUUCAUGGUCCCUUAGGCAACCCCAAAACCAAAUUCCCAUUCCCAAAUUUGCGAAUCAUAGACCUCUCUCACAAUGAGUUCCAUGGGCAUUUGCCGACAAACCUUUUCAAGUAUUUAAAAGCCAUGAUGAAUGUGAGUGCGAACAAAGGUGAAUUGAAAUAUAUGGGUGAUGAUUAUUAUCAAGAUUCUGUGAUAGUGGUGAUGAAAGGGCUUUUCUUUGAAUUGGUAAAAAUCCAAAGUCUAUUCACGACCAUUGAUUUCUCCAACAAUAAUUUCAAAGGAGAAAUUCCAAAGUCAAUUGGAGAGCUUGGGUCACUGAAGGGGUUUAAUUUUUCACACAAUAAUCUUAUAGGUCGUGUGCCUCCCUCGUUGGGGAAUUUAACCAAUCUUGAAUGGUUAGAUCUUUCAUCAAACAAGCUUGAAGGUGAAAUUCCUGUACAAUUGGUAGAUCUUACAUCACUGGCAUUUUUAAACCUAUCAGAAAACUAUCUUUUUGGACAGAUACCCCAAGGUAAGCAAUUCAAUACAUUUACAAAUGAUUCUUACAAAGAGAACCGCGGGUUAUGUGGAUUUCCAAUGACAAAUGCUUGUGGCAAUGAUGAGGGACAACAACCACCACCAUCAUCAACCAUUCCGGAAGUUGAUUUCGAAUUUGAAAAUGGGUUUCAUUGGAAAGUUGUAUUGUUGGGGUACGGUGUUGGAUUCAUGUUCGGAUUGGGUUUGGGUUAUCUUGUGUUCUCAAGUGGAAAGCCAAUAUGGCUAGUGAAUAUUUUUUAUGGAGAACAAGAUGAUAAGGUACAAAGAUCCAAGAAGAAUGCUCGUGGAUGAACUCCUUGAAGAAGAAUUUGGUGAAUGCAGAUACUGAUUUUAGGCUAGUGGCCCUUCUAUCCAGUGUUAGCAGGAUGGAGGGACAACAUUCAUUCAUAUUUAAUGAAGCACUGGCCGGCAUUCCAUGACCAAAUGAUAAUACAACACAAACAAUUCACCUUUUUGCCUUUAGAGGUAUUGAUGAAAGAUAAUCAGUUAGUCUUCUAGUUUCUUAAUCAUCUGAAGGCACAUGCAACAUUGGGAAGGUUCGUUGUGAAUUCAUACAGAAACGUGUCCCUUACCUCAAGGGGAUAGGGCAGCUAAACCCAACUAUAGCUCCUGAUUUUCUCAUUGAGACGAGAAUGAGAUGCCAAGACAGUAAUAGGACCACCACUCAGCCUUCUUCACCCAUGGAAUCAUUGGAAAUGAGUGAGUCUAUAGUGGGCACGUCAUAUUUGCAGGAAUUGUCAUCUUCGAUAUCAUCUAGGGCAGGUUUUGAUGCUCACGACUGUCAGAGCUUGUUAAAGGGGAGAGGACUCCUUUUUGCCGAUCAGAAAUUGAUAGCUAAUGAGAAGACCGCAAGAUUGGCAAGGGUUUAUGCUUCAAAUGAUGGAUUAAUCUUUUGAAUGGACUUUGCUGGGGCAAUGAUGAAGAUGUCAGGUCUUAAUCUUCUAACUGGAUCUCAAAGUCAGGUCCGAAGAAACUACUCCUUGGCUUUGGUCAGUUCCUAAGUGACAGUCUGACCAUAAUGAACUCUUGAGAUCUUUUUUCUUUCAUAAUGCCAGGGAGUAAGUGAUUAGUCUUUCAUGGGAACCUAAGUUUUUCACCAGGAACACAUAAUGGGUGUGAACGAAUCUCAGAAUCAGAGUGAAACCAGUGCACUUUGGAGACCCAAUUCAGAGCUUGUUGAUGGGCUUUUCCUCUCCAGAAAGUUUAAACAAAUUUAAGAGAAAGCAUCUCAAAAAUACUGCUGGAAAAGCUUGGUAUGUCUGUGUUUCAAUGAGAGUUUCUAUUUUAACUUUUCAUUAUAUUUUCUUUUCUCUGAUUGGUUGGCUGAGAAAGAGAAAGAGAGGAAAGCUUUGAAUAUCUUAAACUUUGAUGCUUUAGGUUUCAAGUUAAUCACUAACUCUUCUCAUUUCUUUUGGUGUAUAUGGGUGGAGGAAUUUAGUUUUUAUUUGGGGUCUCAACUUACAAGAUUUGUUCAUUUAGAAGUGUUGUUAGAUUUGCUAACAAUGAUUUCAUUUUUUUUUGGGGUAAAAUGUACAUAGGUUUGACUUGCUUGCACAAACCAUAACCCCUAAGAUUGAGAAAGAUUUGUGUUUACUGAAGUUGAGAAGCGCCAUUGAUCUGAAAAGGCACUACAAUAAGGGCGAUUCAAAGUCCAAAACAUUGCUCAAGUAUUUCCUGACAAGUCUAUUUGUAAUUUCUAGACUAAUAGUAUAGUAUGUGAUAUCUUGGAGCUCUAACUAGGACUGUGUGUAUAUUCUCCUUUGGGUGGUAUACAUUUUGUUAUUUAGGCUUGGCUAAUUCAGACCCCAUUUUGUCUUUUGACAAUUAGAUCGGGGAUGGUGAUAGUGUCAACAUCAUACUUCUUCACAGUUAGACUAAUGAGGAAAGAGAGAAAGGGAACAAUUGCAGCUGAGUUGUUAUCUGAUCAUGCCCUUGCUGACUACAGUAAGGGGGAAAAAAAAAGUUCAAUCCCAAUGUGUCCCAUAUGGGUUCAUUUCAUCUACAGACGCGAAGGAAUUGAAGAAAAACAGGGAUUGCAGUGGCAGAGGAAUGCUUCUUAGUGUACUGAAACAGCUACAUACAGUUGGGUUUUAGCUGAUGCUCUUGCGUCUUCUGCUUCUCGUUCUUCAACUUAUUCUUCUUCAUCCGUGAACUUGCCCGAAACAUUCACUCAGUUUUGUCCAUUUGGAGGCAGCAAUUGAGAGGGAACAAGAAAGACCGUUAACAGAGAAGUAGAAAAUGGCAAACUAAAUGAAAUACAUUAACCGAGCCAAACCCAGUGGGUUGAACGAGUCAGGAAUUUUUUUUUUUUUUUUUUUCAUUUGUGUAAUACCUUAAAAUUAGUUAACGACAUCAAAUUAACUAUUUUCCAUAUCUAAUUGCAACCUAGAGUUCUUAUUUUUAUUUUUAAAUGGAAUAGAAUUUGAACUUAUGUCGUUGACUCUAUUGUAAUUGUUCUCAUCAUCAUGCUAAGACAUCAAUUUGUUUUUGGUGUAAA